AUGGGUCCUUGCCCUCAAGUGGUCCAGGGCAUAUCAAAGCUCGUGCUGUUCUCUUACAUCAUGGAUUGGGUCUUUAUCAUCGGAGUCGCCUUGAUCGGAUAUGGCUUCUACAAACAGACUCCUAACCAACACCCCUUCUCCCUGACCGACCCGGGAAUCUCGUAUCCCUUCAUGCAAAAAGAAACCGUGACAACCACGACCCUUAUACUAGUGUCACUUCUUGCACCCGCCGCGAUCACUCUGAUCGGCGCGUUUGUUAUCGUCCCCGGAACCGCCGCACCGACAGGUCCCAAACCUACCACAUCCCAGAUACUCCGCCGUAAAUUUUGGGAAUGGAAUGUUGGAUGGAUGGGGCUCGGGGUGGCUUAUGCCGGCGUAUUUAUGGCUACACAGGGACUUAAGGUUCUGAUCGGAAGACCAAGACCGGACCUUCUGGCGCGUUGUGAUCCAGAUCUUGACAAGAUAUCCACCUAUGCAGUCAGUGGACUUGGUGAAACCUUGACAGGAGCCACCACAAUGGUGAGCUAUAAAAUCUGUCAGACUCAAACUUCCACCCUGACGGUGGAGGGAUUCUCUAGCUUUCCGAGCGGUCAUUCAUCAUCUUCUUUCGCCGGACUGGGGUAUCUCACACUGUGGCUGAGCGCGAAGUUGUCAGUUGGAUUUCCAUAUCUUCCAACAUACCCCUUCGAGGGUAAAAACCACAACGAUGAUAAAACCUCUGUGCGGAAACGCGGAGCUGCGCCACCGGUACUCCUUAUGGUCCUUACCUUUUUCCCAACAUGCACCGCAUUUUUCAUCGCCGGAUCUCGGUGGUUCAACUGUCUUCAUCAUGCCUUUGAUAUUGUAUUCGGAUCUCUCAUGGGUGCGUUUUUCGCUUGGGUUGGAUUCAACAUGUAUCAUCUUCCCAUCCGACGAGGUGCUGGAUGGGCCUGGGGACCGCGAACUGGUCGACGUGCUUUCAUCCGAGGCCUGGGUUUUCCUAGUACGCUUGGCAUCGACAACUGGACAUAUACGCACACGCAAACAGAGUUCAAUGACAACUGGCGUGAGUCUGACAUUGCCGCGGAAAAUGGAGAGAUGGGAAACUCGUAUCAAAUGCAAGACAGCCAAUAUACGAGACAGAGACCCCCGCCAUCACCGGUGUCACUUGCUUCUGAAAGACCACUGGGAGCAUAG